UGACACUUUGUACCGUCGGAGGGGGAUAUUUAACUUGGGACUGAGCAGCACUCGCUACAGACACACUCACACACAGUGUGCCUAAGCAAAGAAACGCUCCAGCGCCAAGUCUCUCAGACUCCUGAAGUAGGAGCGACUCAGUAGGAGCUUCUGUACCAGUUAUCAAAGGAGCAGAGACGCUCCCUCAGGAAUUGACCGCUUGCAUCGACCGGGCGAAAAAAAAGAAAGAAAGAAAGGAAAAGAAAAGAAAAAGAGAGGAAAAACAGGCUCCAGAUUAUGGACCGUCUCAUCAUGCAGCGACAGUGGGACCUGGAGCUCCUCUGAGGGGGAUUCAAGCAGCGCCAGACUGAGAGGGACCUCUGAACUGACCACGCUCACUGGCUUUUUACUCUCUGCAGUUUGCAUUUUGACAUGCACUGACACUGCAGCUUCUUUUUCUUUUUUCUCCGGCGCUUCUCAAAAACACAUGUUGGGAAUGUUACAGACUUUUCUGUAAAAAAAAAAAAAAAAAAAAAGGAAAGAAAGAAAGAAAGAGCUGCGACUUUGGAACAUCCAUCUGGAAAGAUUUCAUGGCUGUUGUCUCUUAAAUUGAGAUAGCAUCCCACUGCGGCGCGUCUCUCUCUCGAACUUUUUUUUGUGAGUGUGUGUGUGUGUGCGUGUGCUUCUUUUGGGACAUUUUCAGUGAGUUGCACAAACCGACGGCUGGAAUACCACACAGGAGAGAGAAGGGGGAGAGAGAGAGAGGGAGAGAGGGAGAGAGAGAGAGACUGGCUGCACAGAGCGGUUUUUUUCCCCCCUCAGUGCGCGGACUGUGCGCCCUGGGACCCCCUUGUCAAAACCCGAGAGCGUCAGGCGACGUUAGGAGAAGCCACGUUUAUAAAAGCCGUGCGUAAAAAUAACGUUGGCCAAGGCAGCCCUCAUCGCCGGGCGCGUGACAUUUAAAACUUGGUGAAGUGGUCUUUUGUGCGCCCCUUCUUCUCUCGCGGGACGCUCCGGAUCUAUUCUGUCUCUUUAGAGAGAGAGAGAGAGAGAGAGAGAGAGAGAGAGAGAGAGAGAAAACACUUCAUCCCAUGCAGCUCUCGCCUCGGCCGCUGUCAUCCAGUGUCGACAGUCCGUCGUGGCUUCGAGUCCCCGGGGUAACCAUGACAACCGAAAGAAACCCAAAGUGAAUCCGAGGGAACGGGGUGAGGCCGGAGAGAGCGUGAAUAGAUCUGGUCUGGUGCUUUUUUCUUUCUCUGUUUUUUUUUUCUUUUUCUUUCUUUCUUUUUUUUUUCUUUGGUUCAGACUAAACGCUCUUCUCGGGGGCACCGCUGCGCUCCGGGGUUGCACCAGCGGGCAAGUUUUCUUUCUUUCUUUCCUUCUUUUUUUUUUUUUUUUUGUUUUGUUUUGUUUUUGUUUUGUUUUUUUGUUUUGCAAAGUUGAAGGAGCCCUGAAAAGCAAAGCACUCCGCUCCAUGUCAUUCAAACCCGACGCGGUCUAUUAAAAGUAUCGCCUCGCUGGAGACUGAACUUCUACUAUAUAUGAAGCCCCGGGCUGAUCAUUGCAGAGAACACAGCGACCGGGACGAGAAUUGAAAACAACUGAACUGACGCGAGAAGACAUUUAAAAAAAAAAAUUUAAAAAAAAUGACGGGCCUCUCUCAAACGCUCCUCUUCUACGUGCUGGUGUGCGUCCACCUCGGGGUUUCCCAGCACUACCUUCGCCUCCGUCCAUCCCCGAGCGACCACCUGCCCGUGCCCGACCUCAAGGAGGACCCCGACCCGGAGUACGACCCCCGGGAGCAGGACUUGGCCGAGAGGACUCUGAGGAAAAAGCUCGGCAGCAACUUUGACCCCAACUUCAUGUCCAUCAGCUCGCCCAUGCCGGUGAACCUCUCGGCGUCAGACAGCCAGGCGAAGCUGCAGGGGCCCAUGCCCAACGAGAUUAAAAAGCUGGACCUCACGGAGACCCCCUACGGGAAGCGGGUCAAAGUGGGCAAGAAGGCCCGCAGGAAAUUCCUGCAGUGGCUGUGGACCUACACGCACUGCCCGGUGGUGUACACCUGGAAGGACCUGGGCGUGAGGUUCUGGCCCCGUUACAUCAAGGAGGGGAACUGCUUCUCCGAGCGCUCGUGCUCCUUCCCAGAGGGCAUGUCGUGCAAGCCCGUCAAGUCAAUCAACAAGAUUUUCCUCCGGUGGUAUUGUCAAGGCUUUCUAAGACAGAAAUACUGUACGUGGAUACAGGUGCAAUACCCAAUCAUCUCAGAGUGCAAGUGCUCGUGCUGAUUCCCUCUAAGGAGGUGG